AUCCUCCUAAUUCCGGCCCUGAAUGCAUCUGUAACAACAAAACACAAAAAACAAAAUAUUUAAAAGUACUUUUGCAGUUUUUACGUAAUAAAAUCAGAACUUGUACCUAAAAGUAUUAUUUCAACAUUAGUACUUUCACUGAAGUACUCUGCCAAACUCUUAAAGUGCCACCAUGACCUCUCCGCAGACAGAGGCACGCUGGGAAAUGUAGUUUAUUGAAACCGAACGAAGUCGGCGGAGAUUAACCACAUAACUACAUUUCCCACAAUUCCUAGCGCGUUUUCUUCCUCCUCUCCUUCCUUCCUGCAGCCUCGGCCCUUCUCAGCUGAAAAAGGAAGAUGAGAAGCCGCUGCUGCAGCCCCGAACAGAACCGACCCUGAACCGAACCGGACCUCCAGAGGAAUGUCGGCGGAGCGGCUGCUGUCGGAGCGCAGGCCGAGCCCAGCUGCCGAACCCCGGCCCUGAACGCGACGCGACCAGCCUGGAGCAGCGGGGCGGGUGGAGCUGCAGCCCCGCCGGGCCGGACCGAACCGAACCGAGCCGAGGAGAGUUCCUGCCACCCACCGUCCUGCCUGCCGGCGAUGCAGAGAAACCUGCGGGACUAAAGAGUUCGACCGCAUCCUGAAACCAGAACCGAACUGAAGCCCGCAUUCAGGUGGCGGCAUGGAGCGCUCCGGCAGCAUCCAGCUGGACAUCCCUGACUUCAGCAACUCCGUCCUGUCGCACCUGAACCAGCUGCGCGUCCAGGGCCGCCUCUGCGACAUCGUGGUCAACGUCCAGGGCCAGAGCUUCCGCGCGCACAAGGUGGUCCUCGCCGCCAGCUCGCCGUACUUCCGCGACCACAUGUCGCUGAGCCAGAUGAGCACCGUGUCGUUGACGGUCAUCCGCAACCCGUCCGUGUUCGAGCAACUGCUGACCUUCUGCUACACGGGCCGCCUCUGCCUGCAGCUGGCUGACAUCAUCAGCUACCUGACCGCCGCCAGCUUCCUGCAGAUGCAGCACAUCAUCGACCGCUGCACCCAGAUCCUGGAGGGCAUCCACCUGAAGAUCAGCCUGGCCGACGUGGACGAGGCGACACGCGACGACGACGAUGUGCCGCCACGGGCGGCCCGGCCCGUCAGGACCAUGGAGGCCAUGGUGCGCGGCGGCGGCCAUCACGGCGGGCUGAGGCUGCUGGGCGCCAGAGGUGGAGCGGAGGCGUGCGAGGUCAUCAGCCCGGCGGAGGAGCCACUCAGCCCGCCGCCGACUGUGGAGCACAGCGGUCUGGCGGGACCUGGCGCCACCAGCAGCAGAGCCAGCAAGGAGCCGAUUCUCCGCAUCAACCGGGCCGGCCAGUGGUACAUGGAGACGGGCAGCGAGCCGGAGAGGACCGACAGUGCCGAGGAGGGCGGCGGCGGCGGCGGCGGCGUGGACCGCAUCAGGAUCAAAACGGAGCGCAUGGAGGACUGGAUUGGAGCCGGAGGGAACCAGGAGGAGGCGGCGGUCGCAGAGGAGGGCGGAGCCACGGUGAUGAUCGACACGUCGGGCCGCAGCACGCUGAUGACGGCGCCGCUGGGCGGGCUAGGAACCCGCAGUGGACAGGCGUCCUCCAGCUUCAGCGAAACGGACCGGCUCAGUCCCACCGGCAGCGUGGUCGUCCUCACCGAGCGCCAGAGAGCGAAGAGCGAGUCUCCGAGUCGAGCCGACGAACUGCGGCAGCCGAGCUCUCAGGGCGAGGAGCACGCGGCGUUCGACAUGGGCGGCUACGAGGAUUACCUGAGGGAGCAGGUGGGCGACCGCUGGUUCCGCUACAACCCGCGGCUCACCUGCAUCUACUGCUGCAAGUCCUUCAACCAGAAGGGCAGCCUGGACCGCCACAUGCGGCUGCACAUGGGCAUCACGCCGUUCGUCUGCCGCAUCUGCGGGAAGAAGUACACCCGCAAGGACCAGCUGGAGUACCACAUCCGCAAGCACACCGGCAACAAGCCCUUCCACUGCCACGUCUGCGGGAAGAGCUUCCCCUUCCAGGCCAUCCUCAACCAACACUUCCGCAAGAACCACCCGGGCUGCGCGCCGCAGGAGGCCCACAGCGCCUCGCCCGAGACCACCACCGCCUCCGUCCCGUCCCGCGGCGGCGGCCCGAGCGACGAGGCCUCGCCCAGCCAGGAGGAACCCGAGGCCGGCGGCGGGAGCAACAGCGGCCAUUACGCAGACGGCCCUCAGACCUCGGUUUCCACCACGGGGCCCGACUGACCCGGGCGGAAACGAGGCGAACGCCGCGCCGGUCCCGUCUGAAGUCAACGCACACCUCAGAGUCCGAAAUGAGAUUCUUACCGCUUUAAACCGCAUCUACCUUCACUAACCAGACAGAACAGAUUAAGCUAAAGAUGAAGAAUCGCCACACACUCCUACAACCUCACACACACACACACACAACGCUCAGCGAAGCGCCGCCGUCAACUUUAUGUUGCAGGUUUCUACUUUUUGGAUUUCCGGGUUCACAACGCAGCAUCACAACUAGCGGUGCACCGAUUACCGUUUACAGCCGGUUUUGAUUUUUAUCUGAAUUUUGCUAAAUAUCGCCGAGUUAGCAACAGUGGGUCAAACCUCUCGCACAUCGGAGCAGAAGAGGACAGGUUGAUUUUUAGACCUUUUUUUGAGGAAAUCGGCCCGAUUUAUCGGUGCACCUCUAAUCCCGACCGUCCGGGGAAUCUGGGAGAGAAGGAGGGCUUUGCCAAGAUACUCAGUGCCAGUUUUACGGUUCAAAUUCUUUUUAUUUGCCUUGAGACAAUCCGGAGCAGUCAGGUUAAUAAUAAUAAUAAUAAUCAUUGCGCUCUAAGUGCCACAGCGAUGACGGUUUCGUUGGGUGAGUUACGUCUCGGCGCCACUGGAGUUUCUGACUUUGUCACAUUUCAUUUUUUACACUACAAAGAAAAAACUGCAGCUCUAACUUCUCUGUCCUCAGUUUCAAAACAUUUUUGCUCCGUUUGCAGUUUUAUCCAUUUAUUUUUGUUGCUUACAGGAAGGUGGCUUCAAAUAUCUCAGUUUAAAUUAUUUUGACUUUCAGAUUUACUGUUUAAAUCUUCAUCAUCAAUAAUCAAUAUUUGUGAUAAAAAGAAAUCUUUCAGCUCUAUUAAUGCUGAAUUUGUCGGUUUAAAUGCUACAUCAGUGACAAAGUAAGACAGAAAAACUAGAGAUGCCCAAUAUUAGCAUCAACAUCGCUAUCGGCCGAUGUUAGCUAUUUUAUCCGAUAAGUAAAACUGAGACGAUAUAAACAAACGAUGUUUAUUUUCAUCUUGUUGCAGUUUGUUUCUGGAGGGAGUUAGCCAUGCUAACAAAAAGCUAGUUACGCUAAACCUAAUGCGCUAUGAUAUCUUUAGAAUAUAUAUUAUGUUUAUAUCUUUUCCUGCCCAUCUUAUUUUGUUUCUUCAUGUAUCUUGCUAAAACUUAUUGAGGGAAAAAAGAGAGAACGCGAGGACAGGAAGUGAAACAGUUGCGUAAACUAUCUUCAUACACUUCAAAAUAAAAGCAUGAAUCUAAACGUCGAACUAUUCAAUAAUAAAAACUAAAAGUUAACAAAACAACUAAUAAACUUGGUGCUUUAAAAUGGAUCCAGAAAUAUUUAUUUAUUCGAAGCUAAGUAGGCUAAACGACUAAAAGUUAGCUAAAAAGCUAAGCUAAAAAUUAGCUCGGUUCUUGGCGAGUAAGCGGAUGUUAGCAUUUGAGAAAAUAUAUAAUACCGGUAAAUAUCAGUUAUCGGCUAUAGCAGCAAUACUAAUAUCGGAUAUCAAUAUCAACCAGAAUUUAUAAACAAAAACAUCAAAGUUUCUCUUCUGAAGGAUAUCUUAUUUUAAAAUUACAAUAGCUAUUGUUUAGAAUUAUGCUUAAAGAAUAAUUGUACUAAAUAAAUAUUAUAUUAGUACCUAUAAUUCAAAUCAAAUGUGCAAAACAUCUGGGAAAUUGCCGUCUAACAGAAAGAAAACGCGGGAAUAAAAGACACAUCUAUGGAAAACAGGCUAAACAAUGUUAUGUAGAGGAUAAUUUUUGGUUUUAGUUUUUUCCUUUUCUUUUAGGUAUUUAUUAAUUAAUAUCUGGGCAGAAAGCAGAGCAGAGGGAUCCGAACCCUGGACUGUCAGCUUCUGAUCUACAUGAUCUUUACGAUUUUGAGCCUUGACAUUUGAAGCCAUCGUCCGCAGAGAAACUCCAGUCGCUCUGGUUCAUUAGUUCAAUUGGCUGUGAAAUAUUUAACCGAUCAUGUUGAUGUUUGCUAACUGUGGCGGUGAAACCUUCCAAGUUUCUCAUAGAUUCAGACAGAACCACCUAGCAGCGGGACAAACUACCGAACAAACUCCCAGUAGGACAGAAACAGUCUCAGAUAAGCUACACAGCUCGAUAAUUACCUCUCAUCACUACGCAAUACAGCUGCUGCUCACUCAGCACCACCGGGGGGCGCUCUGGUCCGCUCAGAUCCCCGUCAGUCUUCUCAGAUCGUUUUUAUAGACAGGUCUCUGUUUCUCUAUCAUUACUGUACACCUCUGUGCUUUUGACAAUGAAGCUUAUUAUUUAAAGGAGGAAAUGAUCAGAAAUCUGUCAGUUAAUGACGCAUUAAAUCUUCUGCACUCCACCUAAAAUAUAACUUACUGUAUAAGUUUAAUUUUACCAUAACAAUUAAUUAAAACACUUUAUUUAAUAAUACAACAUACUGUUAUAUUAUGCUUAAGUUGGCCAUAUAUUACAUUUAAAAUAGUUUUCUAAAUCAAUCAAUUUUACAAAAAUACAACUUAUCUGGGCCUAGAAAAGAAAAAGAAUUUAAAAAUCCAGUUAGAUUAAAAAAAUCGAAUUUUUGUCACAAGUUGUCUCAAUAAAUGUAAUUAAAUGCAAAUAAUGAGUAUUAAACAGAGCUUAGUUUGAUCAGUUAAACUGUAGAAUGACUUCAAUCCAACAUUAUUCUGUCUACUGGCUAACUUCUUUAGAAUAAGCCAGUGGAAAAAAAUAUUUUAAAAAAUAACUUAAAAUCAGUUUUUGGUAAUUAUUUAAGAUAUUAAUUAGAAUGUUUAAAGUUUGUCACUCAAAAAAACACUUUGCAUUUCAUAUUUUGCUGAUUCAAAGAGCGUUUUUGUUUCUUUGAGCUUCUGUUGCUAAUUUAGCUAACAUAGUUAGCCAGUGCUAAUAUAAUUAGCUGAUGCUAUUUCAUAUUUACUGUUUCUGGAUAUUUCACUUGUAACCUAGAAAAAUAAAAUGUAUCAGAAACAAAACAAAAUAAAAAGUUUAAAAGUAGAGCAAAGAAACUGAAAGUGUUGUUUAGCUAGCCGUUACCUCGCUACGUCAGCUAGCUAGUGCUUUGAAAAACAAUGGAAAACGACGUCAUUGUUAAACAUUUAUAAGCCUGAUCUGAAAUAGAUUUCAGACAUAAUUUCAGUCGAUGCUUGGAAGCAGGAUUAUUGUUUUCAGGUGAAUCUCAGCUAACCUGAGUGAUUUUUAAACAGAUGCUAAUUAAACGUGGUUUUAUUCACAGUGCAUUAGACGUACUGCGUCAUUAACGGCUGAAGAUCUGGGAUUAAAACGAAUAAACGGAGCUCUACCCUGUCAGACCAGAUGGAUGUAAAAACCGGCCGUUUUAAACCUCCAGAUGUUGCAUGUCAGAGCAACUGGCAACCAAAGGACAGCGGCCAUUUUGGUCCUCCGAAACACCCAAACUUCCGCACUUAACGGCAACUAAGAGUCGUGGUAGAAAAAGUUUUUUAAAAACAGAACAAUAACAAAUCUACAGAUAUUAUCAGACAGAUGUAUUUAAACUACUAAGAUGUUGCUUUUUUUGCUUCUAAAUGUAAAUGAGUUUAAUCGAGGCGUGUGGGAGGUAGCACAUGGAUCCGCUGUUACUGUUUUCUACAGGACUGUGAAUCUGAUUCUCAGUGGACAGUAAAAAACAUUUUUUAUGCAAGUGAAGCCAGCGGCUCCGUCCUCACACUGAGCGACUCGAGAUUUUCCUCUCGGAUCUCACAACCAGAGCCGCCGCCGCCACGCUCACAUUCAGGCCUAACCAGGAUCUAUCAGGUAUAAAGACUUCCUUCUUUAGUCACUCAAAUGGAUGUUUUCUGUUGGUGUUUUCCCUUUGUAGCAGAGCAUUAACGGUUAAACCUCAGUGCAGUUUGCACACUGCAGAAAUAAAAUAUUCAUGUACACGCUAGCAGCAGGUAAAAAUAUAUAAAAUAGUAAUUUUGUGAGGGACAACUGGAUUACAGAAAAUACAAAAACAGGGCUGGGCAAUAUGAGAAAAUAUAAUAAAACCACAAGACCUCUGUAGGUGUACUGCAGCCACAUUUAAUACAGACUUUAGUGGAAAUUUAGUGACUUUAAUAGAUUUCGACUUUGUGUUUGUUACAAAUGAAGAAACUUUAUUGUGUGAUAUUGAUGACAUUGCAAUUUCAUAAUUUUCACCUUAAAGUGACCAGUUGGAGCUGGGUGUGUCAUUUAAAAAGAGAUUUCUAAAUGAAACUGAACAUUUUUAUACAUCAAAUCCAACAUUUCAUUCAUCUUUAUGAUGUGCAUCAAAAAAAGUGCUUUUAAUCUCUGUAAAAAGCACAAUCUGGUUAACUGCUUCUCAGUUUUUACUUUCACUUUCCUCCAAGCGUCAUAAAAAACAAACAUGAAUCUAAUCUGGUCACAUUUGGAUGAGACUUCAUAUUCAGAAGCCACCAAAAUGCUAACAACUAGCUAACAUUAUUGUCCAAAAUUAGACUUAAGCAAAGUGAAAUUGACCUAAAUUUUAUUUCAAAGGUGUUUUGUUCCUUUGUAAAAUCUGAAAAUAUAGCAACAAUUGGCAUUACCUAACACUUUGAAACUGUAACUUCAAGCCAGUCAAUGAACCCGUCUAGUUUGUAAUUAGUGGUAAAACCUUCCUAGAUAUUUGUUCAAGACAAAGCAGAUUAAAGUAAUAAGAAAUCUACAAAAAAAAAUAAUUUUAUAGCAUUAACUAAAAAAGUUAUAGCUAAUUUGGUCUUAGCCUAGGUAAGUUUUAGACUCUAAUAGUUGUCUUUUUGUGUAAAAUAUAAAUUUUAAAUACACAAUUACUUAGCUUCUAAAAAAGUAAAUAAAUGACAGAGUAUCUGCAGAUGCCAUAAGACAAACCAGAACCAUCUGAACCGGUCUGAACCGGUUCUGACUGGCUCCGUUUGUCAAAAUGGCCUGGCUGCUGAUUUUCAUGUUGUAUUCUUAGACUGAUCUCAUGAUUUAAAACUUGAAAUUGCAACACAAAUGGAUUAUUAAAUUAUAGAUACAUAUGUAAACACAAUAAAAAUGUACAAAUAUUUAUGAAUCAUAACUUGAGAGUUAUUAAAACUAUGAAAAGAAAAAGGAAUAAAAUAACGCUACGGUAAGUUCAAGCCUUUCUUUGUAAGAUUUUUGAUUUAUUUUUUAAUCCUUCAAUUAAAAACUUCCCAUGUUAUAAGUAUUAUUAAUAUAAUAUAAUAUCCCUGUAACCGAAUACCUCACUUUCUUGUCGUCUAAAUGGUUGUUUGAGAUGCUAACCCAUUGUUAGCUUGUUAGCUUCUAGCGAGCUAAAGCUAAUAAAUGUGAAGAUUUUAAAUUUAGAGACAUGUGCUAUGUUUAUUUAAAGCUUUAUUAGUUGUUGAUUUCCUGUAAAAUUAAGUUGUAUUAAUUGUGGCUCAGACAUCUUGUGUUUUUAAAAUAUAUUUUAAAAAUACUAUAUAUAAAAAGUAAAUGUUGCCCAGCUAGCAACACAAAGACAUUAACCCAGUUUGUCUUCCUGAAACUUCAGGAACAAACAUUUAAGUUUAGGAUGUGUUUUUGCAUAAAGUCUUGAUUUAUUUAAAGGUGCAGUUUUAAAAAAUGCCACGAUAAGCCUUUUAAUUUUUCCUUUUUAGCUGUUUUUGGUUUGGCUGAGGUCUCUUCAUUUAGCAACAGGUUGUUUUAAGCCAGGUAGUCGGAAACGAACCAGAUUGGUUCUGGUUCUGUUUAAGGAAUCCAGAGGGAAAAGUCGGAUCCACGUUUUUGUUUUUUGCUGUGAACUUUUUCCUUCUCUUCCAUUUUUAUUUUUAUCAUUUCCCAACAAAAUAAAUCCCAAACAAACGACUGCUAAAUUGUAACGAGUCAUUGCGAAGUGACGAUCUUCCUGCCUCCGAUCUUCGUAAAAUCCGACGUUUCCCUCUGAGUUUUUCCGCCUUAUUUUAUUUUUUACUCUCUAAAUAUUUUCAUGUUCAAACUGUGAAAAACAGCCAAACCUCAUCACCUACAUCAUCAUCUGGGCUCCAUUUUGUUUGUUUUGGGUAACUCUGCUUUUCUACAACAUGCCAAACUUUGUUUUCUUGUUUCUUUAGCUUAAGUUUGAAACUACUUGCUUUUUAAUAUUUUUUACUGUGUGAAUUUAAUGUUUAGUAUAAAUAAUAUACAGUAACUUUGACCACAAUAUGCCUAAUUAUAAAUCAAAUCAUUUAAACAUAAUCACUUAAUGAGAUUACUCCUUACUGUUGAUUCCUCAAAGUAUAUCAUAAUAUAUUGAAGCAGAAAAUGAAAUUUAGUGAAUGAACUUUAAUAUUGUACUUUUUGUUUGUUUUUUAAGGAGGUACCUGACGAGCUCUUAAUAGACGAACCUGAAAGGUUUUAUGUGAAGCUCUUAUGUUGCAUGUGUCUGUUGCUAAAGCAUAUUGGAAACAGGGGUGGGAGGGGGUUGUGUGUGAAGGCCAAAGGUCGAUUAGUUUAAGUAAAAAAAAUAAAAUGUGAAGAAGCUUCUUUCACGAUGACCACUAGAUCACUCACAGGUUGUUUCUCCUCCAGAGGAAAUAAAGCACUUUAAGUGUAAAGCU